AGGAGAGGAAAAAGAGAAGUACCCGUUGUUUGCGUUGUGUGUGAAAUUAUAAGCCCAUAUUUUUAAUAGAUUUUUUAGAGAUUUCUAUGAUUACAUUUCGGUUCCAAAACAGGCAAAUUCCAAGAAAAGAUUAAAAAAAAAAAAAAAAAAAAAAAAGAUAAAUAUCGAGAGAAACUUUGUUCUUUUCUAUCUUACUUCUUUCUCAACAUUUUGGAUCUUUCUCUCUGCUAACACUCGACAAGGAAAGGCGUACUUCUUGAUCAAUCUUUCAUAAUAGCAUGGCACACGCAUUACUCAAUACAUCUCCUGUCAGAUUUUUCAACGCAAUACAAGAUCAUAUAGCUACAGUUACACCUUCAUUUUUAAACAAUAAAGCAUCUCAAAGCAGUGUCAACAAUGCUAAUGUAGCAAAGCAGCAGCAAGAGAAGUCAUUUCAUCCUGAACCCGUUACACUUCAACUUACUCUAGCAUCUGAAGAAACUGGCACAGAAACUGAACUGAAUCAAUCAACUUUGCCCAAGCAUAACGCACACGCUUCGGUUAAAGUGCCUGCCGCCCCAUCAUCAACUUACCCAUUAAGCAGUAGUUUAAAUUCUGAUCAGCCACAACAGCCACAUCAGCAGCUUAGUGUUCCAAAUGAUGGCUUUUUAGUAACUCCUCCACAACAGUACGGUUUGGAUUUACUGAAUCCUACAAACAGUGCCAAGGAUGAUCUAGCUCUUCAAUUUGAUGCAUUAGCUGUUGCCUCACCUAAUGGUUCUUAUUACAGUCCUCAAUUACUUGCCUCGCCAAACUCGCAAGUAACAGAUCAAUUUUUCUUGGCAGAAAAUGACUUUGCUCAGCCCCUGAUGGUGGGCAGUUUCAAUUCUGCGUACAGCCAACCAAGUCAAUAUCUAUCUGUUGGAAGCCCAGCCUCGCAAUUACACGUCAACGAUAAUAAUGCCAAUGUUCUUGGAAUAAAUAGUCCAGCUUCGACCGCACACCAACCCAUAGAUAGUAACAACAAUUACUUUUUUCUUCCACCUGGCGUUCUUGGCGCCAGCCCUCAACAAAACACAUCUCCUUAUCAUGGUGUCGGCGAUGCCGCCGCCAACCACGCUACUGUCAGUAAUUCAGCCUCACCUUUGGCAGAUACAGGACUGUACUUUACAAGUGGUCCUGGCUCUCCUAUUGAAACAAAGUAUCUUUUUCCUCCUGCUGACUUUAAUGCUGCCGCAGCAUUUUUAGACAUGGCUUCUUUUGUUUCUCAAUCAGACCAAGGACAACAGCAACAGCAACAGCAAGCCUCCUUUGCUGCUGUCAAUGAUUCUGUUACAAUUUCGCAAUUCUUGGACACAGACAAAAUCAACAGCAUCAGCACAGCAACAACGACAGUGACGCCUUCAUUCACAGACAACAAACAAAUCGAAGAGCUACAUUUUAUCCAUGAAUCAUUCGACAAUCACAAUACCACGGCUUCCCAUAAGAAAGAGAAUACCCCAGAACGAACCAAUACCAUGAUGACUACCACACCCAUUACUCAUGCUGCCAGCAGCCAUACUACGCAAAAUAACAAAGACGAUGAACACAUCGAGAAUAGCCCUACCAGUCAAAGCAGCGCUUCUGUUGCAAAGGCAGAACAACCUGUUUCGAAGAGGACGCAGUCACCAUCGUCACUACAAGCAAGAAAAACAACAAAGAUUGCUAAAUCAAUAGUGUCAAAGAAAGGUCGAAAGAAGUUGGGCAGAAUUCAUCGAUGCCCAUUUUGUCAGCACACCAGUAAUCGAGCAAAUAACAUGAAAGAGCAUAUUCAAAUACAUAACCCAAAUCGUCCUAAACCUCACCUUUGUAAAUUAUGUCAAAGACCUUUUGCACGUAAACAUGAUAUGAAUCGACACUAUUUAUCCUGUAAAAAACAUUCCACCGAUCAACCUACUCAUAUUAAUACUGUUACUACGGAUGAUAACAUUCAUUCCGAAUAAUUUCAUCACCCACCUAUUUAUAUAUUAAGCUUUUGAUACCCCCCUCUUCAUCCUAUUUUUUUAAUGUUUUCAUAUGUUUAAUAAAGAUAUAAAAAUUGCGGCUUUUUAAUUUUCCUCGAACCUAUCG